AUGGCUAAAGCCCUCAUCAGUAGCGACAAUUUUUCCAGGAACAAGAAAAAGCAGCAGGAAACUGCUGUUGUUAUCUUGAAUAGUAACCAGGAUGUUGUGUUUUCGAUUCUGGACAAGGUAGAACCCAUUGACCGUCUCCGCUUUACUGCAGUUUGUAAGGAAUGGCUGGCUCUUUCGAAAAAAUAUUACCUCACGUCUCAACGAUGGAGCACUCAGUUGGUUCCUAUGCUCUUGAUCCUUAAGGAGGGAAAGCUAAGACUCUACAAUGUCUGUGCCGGAAAAAUUGACAACAACAUUCAGUUAUCAGUUCUUACUGUUAAGAGGUUCUGCGGUUCUAGCCGUGGUUGGUUAGCCACAGUAGCCAAAGAUCCCACAGAUCCCACAGUAGAUGCAUGUGAAUAUUAUCGACUGUACAAAUAUGAUGUGAUUAUUCAACUCUGGAACCCUUUCGAUAAAGCAACAUGUCCUCUUUGUCUUCCUCCCUUGGAACUCGGUUGCGGAACAUCAAUUCGGAAGGUUAUCCUGUUACUUGAUCCAUUAAGAGAUAACAAUUAUAUAGUCGCAGCAAUCACAGAUUCCAAGUUGGCUCUCUUCAGAGCAGGCCAAAAAGAUUGGACUCGCAUCCAGGCAUUAGGAAAGUGUAAUGAUCUUAUACUCUACAAAGGUCGUAUCUAUGGAGCUCAAAACAAUGGAAGUCUUUGGUCACUGGAUGUUAAUCACAGCAGUACUGAAACUCGUCCAAAACUAGUUACUACCUUGAAUCCCAGAGUUUAUAAGCGAGUGCAUAUUGUAAAUUCAAAUACCACAGGAGACCUAUUACUUCUUCAGAGAAGUUGUGAGCUGCAAACGCCAUAUCCCGACGAGCCCUACAGCUUCAAGAUUUACAAGUUGGUGAUAGAUGACGAUGGAUCUCUUGUGCGACAAGUUGAGAUUAAAAGCAUAGGAGAUGAGGUUAUAUUCGUAGGUGGAGGCUAUCAAUCUGUUUCUGUUUUCGCUUCCAAGUUCCCCGGAUGUCAACCAAAUUCUAUAUAUUACACAACUGAUCUUGGAGAAUCUCCAAAAACUAUAGGUGUCUGCAAUUUACAAGAUGGAACCAUCAGUAAACUAGACCCUUUUGAUGGCAGCAAGCUCAUGCGUCUAGCACUUUGGAUUUUGCCAAGGUGUAAUGGACUCUCACUCUCAUAUCUUCUGAAUUCAUAG